GACAGCGGGUUCAGCUGUCAGUCAGAGGGACAUGUUUUCUGGGCAAACUGGAAAGUUACGGGAAGUGGAAGAGAAAUUGUGAAAUCCCGUGGGAGUUUCGCAGUAUUUAUAACACGCAGCUGCUAAAGCAAAGCACACGCAUCUGCUGAAAAGACAGACGCAUAAAGUUUUUUUUAUUUUUCAACAGACAAGAUGAGAGACUGUUGUGGGCUUUUGACGUUGAAAAAUGAACCAGUGCCUCUGAAGGUGAUCUCUGUGCAGUUAAAGGUCCAAGGCUUUGUAGCGGAUGUCUGUUCCACUCUCAGCUAUGAGAACUCAGAGUCCAGCCCGGUGGAGGCUGUCUUCGUGUUUCCCAUGGAGGAGGACUCCUCGGUCUACGACUUCCACGCCGAGAUCGGGGGGGUCAAAAUCCAAGCUGAGAUCCGAGAGAAACAGGAGGCGCGUGACACCUAUGAUGACGCCUUGAGCAGUGGACAGCAAGCCUUCCUAUUGGAGGAGAGCGAUGAGAGCCGGGAUGUGUUCAGACUGAGCGUGGGCAGUCUGCCUGCGGGACAGAAAGCGACCGUCUGUCUGUCCUAUGUGACGGAGCUGGCUGUGGAGGCGGACGGGGCUCUGAGAUACUGCCUGCCUGCCAUCCUGAACCCCCGAUACACCCCUGCUGGCGCUCAGUCCCUGACCACUCCAGUGUCCGGAGCCUCUGGAGGGCCGGUUCCCUACUCGCUGUCUUUCAGUGCCCACCUUGCCUCUCCCAGUGGAGUCGCCCAGGUGAAAUCCAACUGCGACCUCACGCCUCUGGAGUAUCUCGGAGACGACAAGACCCAGGCCCAGGUCUCUCUGUCUCCAGGUCACAAGUUUGAUCGGGAUGUGGAGCUGCUGGUGUACUACAGCCACCCCCACCAGCCCACCGCUAUUGUGGAGGGGGGGCUAGCCUCGGCCACGCCCGGCUCAUUGAUGGGGGACCCGCUGGUGAUGGUCAGUCUGUACCCAGAAUUCCCUGCGGCUGCGUCAACGCCCCAGUCCAGCUGUGGAGAGUUCAUCUUCCUGGUGGAUCGCUCUGGCAGUAUGGACUGUCCAAUGAGCAACAUGGAGUCGGGGCCAAUGCGCAUUGAGAGUGCCCGGGACACUCUGCUGCUUCUCCUCAAGAGCCUGCCCCUGGGCUGUUUCUUCAAUAUCUACGGCUUCGGGUCGCACUUCGAGGCGUUCUUCCCGGAGAGUGUGGAGUACACUCAGCAGACGAUGGACUCUGCUCUGGGGAAGGUGAAAGGGAUGGGAGCUGAUUUUGGAGGGACGGAGAUCCUGGAGCCACUGAAAGACAUUUACAGCAAAGCCUGCCGACCAAGACACCCCAGACAGCUGUUUGUCUUCACAGACGGAGAAGUAGGGAACACAAAGGAUGUCAUUAAUGAAGUCAAGAAGCAUGCUGGCACUCACAGGUGCUUCACGUUUGGGAUUGGAGAAGGAGCCUCCACAGCUCUGAUCAAAGGCAUGGCCCGGGCAGGAUCGGGUCACCCCGAGUUCAUUACAGGCAAGGACAGGAUGCAGCCCAAGGUGAUGCAGAGCCUGAGGUUCGCACUCCAGCCCGCUGUCAAUAACAUCGUCCUCAACUGGGACGUCCCGGCUGGACUGGAGGUUGUUCCUGUGUCCGAAACGCCAAAGGUCCUCUUCCGGGGUCAUAGGUCAAUCCUGUACGCGCAGCUCAAAGGAAAGUUUGAUGAGAGUGCGGUGGGUCGAGCGAGUCUUCAGUACAGUCUGGGAGACGAGCCCCACAAGACGGAGAUCAGCUUCAAACUGCAGCCGGACAAGCACACUGGGCUGACGACUCACCGCCUGGCCGCACGGACCCUGAUCUGCUCCCUGGAGGAAGGAGGGAGUGUGGAGGGAGAGGGCGGUGAUAAAGAGAAGGUGAAGGAGAAAGUGGUGAAGAUUAGCACCGAGGCCCGAGUCAUCUCAACACACACGGCCUUCAUCGCUGUGAACAAGGACCUGAAUCAGGCUGUGCAGGGGCCUCUGAUCCAGAGGAACAUGAGGCCACAAAUGAUGGCCUGCUCGUUCAUGCGUUCCUCUCCCCGAAGUCUUCCUAUGAUGAUGAUGUCUGGUGGUGGCUUUGGCGCUUCUGCAUAUAACCCACCAAUGGUAAUGCGGCAGUGUGCGCAGAUGAGUAAUACUGCUGUCUUUCAUUGCAGUGAAACUGGGCCAGAACCAGAUAAAGAGGACCCCAUGCUAACACUGAUCUCCCUGCAGAAAGCCGACGGCUCCUGGGAGCUCAACGAAUCGCUCGUUUCUGUGUUUGAGAAGAAAGAGCAAGAAGCCAUCAGCAAAAUGCCAGCCGAGGUGAGUGACAGGGCCGUGUGGGCGACGGUGCUGGCGUUGCUAUGGCUACAUGGCUUCAAGGCGGAGCUAAAGGAGGAGUGGGAGUUCCUGGCAAUGAAAGCGCUCUCCUGGGUCAAAGCACAAGCAGGGACCAGUUUGAAGCUGUGUCUGGAAGCAGGGAACCGUCUCCUUGGCUGCAAGGUGGAGCCGCAGACACUCGAUCUGUGACGGUCCAGACCUCAAAGAGUCUCAAGCAGCCUUCUAUACCCACUGCAGCAAGCCAGCUCCUGCUUUGAGCAGCACACUGAAUAUUUAGCUGUGUAGAAAUGCUAUAUCUGAUCACUUAAAUAGCCUCAAUCAGCCUUCUAUCUAGCGACCCACUCCACUUGUUCAAAAACAGCAAUUGUACUGGACUGGAGGUCUGUGGGUUGAAAAAUGUUUGAUUUAGAGAAAAAUGCACAGCUAGCGCAAUAACAUUAUACUAACAUACAGGGCCUUUUCAUUCAGUCCUUCUGUUUUAUUUGCAUAUGUUACUGAUAAUGGCUUAUCUAAAUAUUUUCUGAAUGUUUCUUAUGCUUGAGCAUUUCACGUUAUGGAUAAAAAAAUGACUUUAUGCAUUAAAGAAUUGCUUGAAAAUGG